UUCGUGUUGGUUGUUCAUUACAGAUGUUCUAUCUAUAAUGACUCUUAAAGACAUGUAGUCAACAAUCGGUUGAAAAAUGAAUAACGAACAAAUGAAUGUAGACAAUACAACAUAUCGAAUUGGAAUGGAACGCUUCAGCUGUUAAAUCACCUUUCAAUUUUUUUGCCUUUGGUACAUUAGCAUUCAUUGGAAAUUAUUGGCGAUGACCGGCAUCAAACAAAAUUCUGGGCCAAUAUUGACAGGGUCUUGGGUUUGUGUAAUAGCUUUUGUGGUAGCGUUAGUGGGAAUAUACAUCACCGAUUGGAUAAAAUGCGCAUUUCUACUUUUGGUUAUUGUAUCACUUUUUCUUGCAUCAGGAGCAAGACAAUGGGAAACUUGCGUCUGGAUUAUAGCGUUUGUGCUACUUACAGCGGGAAUAAACAUCACCUGCACGUGUCUACUUUUGGUUUAUGUAUUACAUUUUCUGACAUCGAACCAAUGGAGGUCUUUGAUCUGGGUUCCAGCGGUUGUGGCAGCUUUAGCUGUAAUAUACAUCACCUACCGGUUAACAGGGUCUUGGAUCUGGGUAACAGCUGUCGCGGCAGCUUUAGCUGGCAUAUACAUCUCCUACCGGUUAUUAGGGUCUUGGAGUCGGGUAAUAUCGUCUGCGGUAGCUUUAGUGGAAAUAUGCAACAACAACUUGGAAAGAUGGUCUUGGAUUUUGAUUAUAGCGUUUGCGGGAGCUUUUAGUAGGAAUACACCUCAUCUCCUGGAGAAUAUGUAA